GCAACAAAAUGACCUCAACAACACCGGCGAAACGUAGGCCUGCCGAUGAAAUGGAGGAUGUUGUUGGAUAUGUUCAUGAUGUAUCGCCAAUGAAAAAAGCUGCAAGAAACAACACAAAUUAUUUCAACUGUCUGCUCCAAACGGAAAAGUCAACGUAUGACCACCUAGUAGCAUUCUCCCCCGAGAAAAGACAGCUUUUUGUGCAUGCGUCCGAGACUAAAACACCUAUACGACUGAAGAAUGUAUCAAAGUCCCGAAGUCCGACUUCACCAAGCGGAACUAGCAUCUGCUGCAAAAAGACUACUCAAAUCUCAUUGCCUACCACUGAUGUGCAGUUCCAUUUUAAACAACGCCACAACACACCACUGCCCCAAAUUCAACUCGCAGAUGUUCAAGAACAAAUAACAGGAGCCAAUGUAACUGUCGCUGGUCAAAUUAUUCGUGAGUUCACCACACAGACAUGGAAGACAAUGGCAGGACAUAACAUUCUCUUGAAAGAUGUGGUCAUAGCUGAUUCCACAGCCUCUGUGAAACUAGCACUUUCGACUGACCAUAAAAACAAAGUGGUUGUAGGAAAGUCCUACAGGUGCACCUCUGUAAACAUAAAAGAUUUGAACGGGAAAAAGUUUGUCGCUACAACACCCAGCACCACAAUUGAUAUCUGCAAUGACAUUGUAGAUAUCAAGGAAGAUGAAGCAUUGCUGCCUGUAACAAUAUCUGGAACUCCAACAUCCAUCACAGUGGAGAUUAUAAAAUCUUGCAACAGUUGCCAUGCCACCCUCACCAUAUCGCCCCGACAAAAAUUUGCCAGUACAUUCAAAUGCCCCUCGUGCAAAAUGACUCAACUACAGGCAAGAAUACAGACCGACUUCAUUGCCAAAAUGCAGCUACCUGGCAACAGCUCAACCUAUAUCCUCACCCAUAAUGUAGUACAAAGCUGUCUGGAUACAGCCUUUCUGGAAAAUCCUCUACUAGACACUUCUGACACCAAUGCUCUUGAAAAAUAUUUCCUCACCAACGACUCGGAAAUCACCAUUAUGGCAGAUUCGCUGUACCCGUUAACCCUCAGGGUUCAUCCUGCCAAUUAAUAGCAUGAUAUGAUGAAGUGCUACAAACUUUCCUUCAAUAAAUAACUUUGACCUACUUCCAAGGUCAGGGUCAAAUAAUUGUACACAAUCAAAAGGCCUAGGCCAACAAUAUUUGGUCAGUACUAGCUAGGACUGAUGAUAUACUGAAAGGUGGUUUCCUCAAAAUCACAGGUCUGGGUUAAACAUACAUUGUAUACAAACCUUUACAUUACAUGUUCCUUCUUCUGAAAAACUAAUAGGCCCUGACCUUGAACUAAUUUAGGAAUUUUCGAUACAUAGCCUACGAAUCAGUAGGUCUCUUGGAUGAAGUGUUGUUCAGCUUUGCCAAAUACCGAUAAACUGAUCACUUUAAACCCCACAGGACGCAAUGUCCAAUUCAAAUGAGUGAUACAGGCCCUCUAGAUCUGGGUUUCUUGUUUAUUUGUUACCAUUUAACAUUGUUAAUUAUAUACAUUUAAGACUCUGCUGGUCUUUUCCAAGUAGUCUAGACCACACAUAAAGAUGGAAUGAUCACAAUUUUAAUUUCUUUAAAACGAUUCGUUUUAGCAGACUGAUUACACCAGCACAAAAGGUGCAACAGAUAAAGGCCUAGGCCGACAAUAUUUGGUAGUGUACCUCCUAUAUUUCAAAUGCUAAUAUUUGUCAGUUUGUAUUAUCAUUUCUGUUUUUAUUUUAAAAAUAACCUAUGUAUAAUCUAAACAUGCACGGCUUUUCUGAUUCUGAUUAAUGACUAUAAGUGUAUAAUAUUAUCAUGUAUCAUGCAUGUACUAUGUUACUUAUCAUGAUACCAUUUCAAAUAACAUCAUAAUGGUGGCCCCGCCAUUGAUUAAUUAUAAUGAUAUCAUUGUGACUAAAUUGUAUUCAACAUUGUGAAUUGUCAGCUUAAUAAGAACUUGGACAUCAAUGUUUGAUGCAAUUGCAUUAUAUGUAUAUAUCCAAUAAUACUCUUAUUAUUCAUUCUGUAGCAUUGUCAUCAGCUUCACAUGUCUAUACUAAGAUUGACUUUCUUAAUAUUUGACUGUGCAUUGUUAGCUCACCUGCCCAAAAGGCAAAUGAGCUUAUGCCAUGGUGCGAUGUCCACUGUCAACGUUUUCCUUUCAAAGACUUCUUCUCUAUAACUGACAGGCCCAGAGUCAUGAUAUUUUACAAGUAGCCUCCUGGGAUGAAGGCCUUUCAAGUUUGUUAAAAUUAAUAACCUUGAUCCACUUUGAAGGGCACUGGGGUCAAACGAAUUAAAAUCUUAAACAACUUCUUCUCUAUAACCAGAAUGCCCAGGCUCAUGAUAUUUCGUCAGUAGCAUGCUGGGAUAAAGGGCUAUCAACUUUGUUAAAAUGAAUGACCUUUAUAACUUACUUUCAAGGUCACAGGGGUCAAAUGUGUUAAAAUCUUCAAACAACUUCUCUAUAUUUGGACAGUGCAGAUGGCAUGCUUCACCCACUUCCAAGGUCACAUCAUAGAAGUCAAAUGCAUGAAAAAAUUUAACAACUUCUUUUGAAUAACCAACAGGCCAAUAGUCAUUAAUGAUUAUAAUUGGCGAAUAUCAUGAUAAAUAACAAAGCCUAUUUGAAUAUAUUCUUUCUCGUAGACAUGACUUAAAUUUAAUACAGGUGAGUGAUACAGGCCCAUUGGGCCUCUUGUUCUAACUAAAAAAAUUUGCUUUGUGUUUUUAACUGUUUUCAUUUGAAAAAUUUGUUUUCAACUGUACAAGUUCUAACUUGUUUGUAAACAUUCCCCUUUAAGAAAUCACAUCCCUGUACAUUUAAGAAUGAAUAGUUUCCCCUAUAUCCUAGAUUAAUCCCUGGUAGUUUGUUUUCCCUUGAGUUAUAAUUAGCUGAAUAUAUAUAUAACUGUGUACCAUUGGAACAGUGAACAUUCCAUCUUUGUUGUACACAUUCGCAAUCACGGUUCAUUUCGUUUUUCUCUCGCCUUCGACGAUAGUCGAGGUAGGCAAGACUAAGGUGUUGCUUUUCCAACACCGACGAAGGCGGCGGCGGCGUCAACAUUUGCGUUAAAGUCCACUUUUGACAAUGUUAAUGUUAACCGAUUGAAUUGAAACUUGGUGAAGUUAAUGAUACUAAUCUACUAAACACCUAUGCAAGGUUUGGAAGUAAUGUGAUAUCAGGUUCACCUAUUUUUGGGUAAACAACAGUGAAUUUUGAGAAUUUAUUGACAAAGCGGGAAAGGCGAGACAUAUGAUUACGCGUAAUUCUUGUUCCUUAACCUAUAAAUCUAGCUAAAAUUUAAAUAUACCUAUUCUAUUACCAUGUAGUUAACCGUCAAUAUUCCAUGUUGCAUAUGCACUUCUACAACAGUUUCCUUCAUUUUUAUACGCCUGUCAAAAUUGAUAGGACGUAUUAUGGUAUGGCGUUGUCCGUCCGUACGCACAUAGGUCCGUCGUUGGGACGCAAUUUCGGGCAAUAUGUAGAAAACGUCGGAACUUUUUUUUUGUUUUCUUUAAUUCCUCUCAAAUUUGGUAUAGUACUUAGCAAAGCUAUAAUAUUUAACAUAUAUUACGGGCUUUGUUGAGUUGUUUAGCAUUUCAUAGUUAAAUAUAGGCAUUAUGUAAAAAA